AUGACCAACAACACAUCAACCAUUCCUUCCAUAAUGAAAGCGUGGCUCUGGACCAGCACGAGCGGCGGCAUGGAGAAAAACCUCGUCAAAUCAGACACCGCCUAUAGACCAGGCCAAAGCUUGCGGCCCAACCAGGUGCUAGUCAAGGUGAUUUCCAUGUCCAUCAACCCGGCAGACUACAAAGUGCCAGAAAUAGGGCUCCUGUAUAAAUGUGUGGUCUCGACGCCGGCAUCGCCUGGUAUGGACUUUAGUGGGAAAGUAGUCGCCACCGGCUCAAAGGUUACGGGUGUGAGAAUCGGCCAGCUGGUUUUCGGCUGUGUACCCCUGCCGAAUCAGUAUGGCACACUGGCCGAGUACGUCGUCGCGAGAGAUGAUGUUGUCGUGCUAUUGCCCGAGGGAGUGCAGCUUGAUCAUGCCGCUACGGUGGGGAUCGCGGGACAAACUGCGCUCCAGGUCAUCAAGGGCCAGGUGAAAGAGGGCGACCAUGUUUUCAUCAACGGUGGCUCUGGUGGUGUCGGAACCUACGCAAUACAGAUAGCAAAGGCGUUGGGAUGCCAAGUAACCGCCACGUGUUCCACACGAAACAUUGAGCUGGUUAAAGAUCUCGGCGCCGAUGAAGUGAUCGAUUACACAGCCGUAGAUCUCGUGCAGUAUCUGCGCAAACAGGGCCCACUGUACCACCUCGCUCUUGACAUGAUCGGGAAACCAGAUGAGCUAUAUCGCGAAAGCCACAACUUCCUUCUCCCCGGCAAAGCCUUUGCGCAAGUCGGGAACGAGUCGCAUCUUUCGACUGCCGGGCGAUUCGUGACCCCGAGGAUUUUGGGCGGAGGACAGCGGCCUUAUCAGUUGGUGUUUUUCAAGAAUCGCCAUGGUGACCUUGAGGAGGUUGGGGAGUUGAUUCGGGAAGGGAAAGUGAAGCCUGUUAUCGAUGGGGUAUAUGAAUUUGAUGACGCCAUCAAGGCUUUUGAAAGAUUAAGGAGCCAUAGGGCGAGGGGGAAAAUCGUCAUAAAAGUGACACCUGCACACUCUGCAUGA